CAAAAAUUACUCCGUGCAAAUUCCCGCAUCGCUCGGAAGGCUCAGAGUCUGGGUGCUGGGCGCCGCGCGGGGCAGCGGGUGCGGAGCUGACGGCGCUCGGGCGCGCGGCCGGGGCCUCCAGGAAGCGGUGUCGGCGGCCGGGGAAGCGACCCCCUCCCGGGCCCGGCCCGGCCCGGCCCGGCUCCCGGGCGCCCUCCACGGCGAUGGCCGGCCGCUGAGCCGCGGCCCCGCCCGCCCCCGCCGCCCGGCAUGGCCGCGAGAGAAGAGCUGUACAGCAAAGUGACCCCGCGGAGGGCCCGCCAGCAGCGCCCCGGCACCAUCAAGCAUGGCUCGCCGCUGGACGUGCUGCUCUCCAUGGGCUUCCCCCGCGCGCGCGCACAAAAAGCCUUGGCAUCCACAGGAGGAAGGAGUGUUCAGGCUGCAUGUGACUGGUUGGCUGUUCUCCCACGUGGGUGACCCCUUCUUGGACGACCCUCUGCCCCGCGAGUACGUCCUCUACCUCCGCCCCACCGGGCCCCUGGCACAGAAGCUAUCCGACUUCUGGCAGCAAUCAAAGCAGAUCUGCGGGAAGAACAAGGCACACAAUAUCUUCCCCCACAUCACCCUCUGCCAGUUCUUCAUGUGCGAGGACAGCAAGGUGGACGCCCUGGGGGAGGCACUGCAGCGCACAGUCAGCCGCUGGAAGUGCAAGUUCUCGGCCCCGCUGCCCCUGGAACUCUACACCUCCUCCAACUUCAUCGGCCUCUUUGUGAAAGAGGACAGCGCCGAGGUCCUCAAGAAGUUCGCUGCAGACUUUGCUGCGGAGGCCGCAUCCAAAACUGAAGUGCAUGUGGAGCCACACAAGAAGCAGCUGCACGUGACCCUGGCCUACCACUUCCAGGUCAGCCAGCUCCCCACCCUGGAGAAGCUCGCACAGAACAUCGACGUCAAACUAGGCUGCGACUGGGUGGCCACCAUCUUCUCACGGGACAUCCGGUUUGCCAACCACGAGACACUGCAGGUCAUCUACCCCUACACACCCCAGAAUGACGAUGAGCUGGAGCUGGUCCCCGGGGACUUCAUCUUCAUGUCUCCCAUGGAGCAGACCAGCACGAGCGAGGGCUGGGUCUACGGCACGUCCCUAACCACCGGCUGCUCGGGACUCCUGCCCGAGAACUACAUCACCAAGGCGGACGAGUGCAGCACCUGGAUCUUCCACGGUUCUUACUCCAUCUUAAACACAGCCUCCUCCAGUGCGGUCUCAUUCAGCGAUGGCGUGUGGGAGAGGCGGUUGUACGAGGACCAGGGCCUGGGGGACACGACACCCCUGUCCAUCAUCUGCCAGCCCACACAGCCUCUGAGAAUCAACAGCCAGCCUGGCCCUCAGAAGCGGUGCCUCUUUGUCUGCCGGCACGGGGAGAGGAUGGAUGUUGUGUUUGGGAAGUACUGGCUGUCCCAGUGCUUUGAUGCCAAAGGCCGCUACAUUCGCACCAACCUGAACAUGCCUCACAGCUUACCUCAGCGGAGCGGUGGUUUCCGGGACUAUGAGAAAGAUGCGCCGAUCACGGUGUUUGGGUGCAUGCAGGCGAGGCUCGUAGGUGAAGCCUUGCUAGAGAGUAACACCACCAUCGAUCACGUCUACUGCUCCCCAUCCCUGCGGUGUGUCCAGACAGCAUACAACAUCUUGAAAGGUUUACAACAAGAGAAUCACUUGAAGAUCCGUGUGGAACCUGGCUUAUUUGAGUGGACAAAAUGGGUCGCUGGGAGCACCCUGCCUGCGUGGAUGCCUCCGUCAGAGUUAGCGGCAGCCAACCUGAGUGUUGAUACAACCUACAGACCUCACAUCCCAGUCAGCAAAUUAGUGGUUUCAGAAUCCUAUGAUGCUUACAUCAAUAGAAGUUUCCAAGUAACAAAAGAAAUCAUAAGUGAAUGUAAAAGUAAAGGAAAUAACAUCCUGAUUGUGGCUCAUGCAUCUUCCCUCGAAGCCUGUACCGGCCAACUCCAGGGCCUGUCACCUCAGAACUCCAAGGACUUUGUACAGAUGGUCCGAAAGAUCCCAUACCUGGGGUUUUGCUCCUGUGAAGAAUUGGGAGAAACUGGAAUCUGGCAACUGACAGACCCCCCCAUCCUCCCCCUGACCCACGGACCAACCGGUGGCUUCAACUGGAGAGAGACCUUGCUGCAGGAAUAAGCCACAAGGAAUAAGGGGGCCUUAUUGGGGGGGCUAAGCGGCCGUCUCUGUCUGUGUAGAGACAGUGGGGAGAGCUGUGCCCCGUUCUCAGCAUCAUUACCACCUAUCCUGCUUUUGAAUUCUCCGGAUGAGACUGAGUGAGAAAAAGACUUGAUUGAGGGAUAAAAAUCUGUCCCCUCUAGACUCCUGCCUAGCUAACAAGGUUUUAAAGAGUCGUCUUCCUAAACCCAGGCCUCACAGUGGCAGAGCGAGUCUGCUGCCCUUGUCACCCGUCCGUCCCGCAGAGAAGGCGGUCGGAUUUUGUUCUGACUCAGUGCCCCCAUUGGGCAAAGCCACACUGGGGGCUUCUUUAACAGCGAUUAGAAAGUGUGGCCUCAAAGGCCAGCUGCCCUCACUGGCUCAAGAGCUGCCACUGCAGCCUUUGCUCUCGCCCUCCCCGGGCCUGUGAAAUGGGGAGACGGGCACAUUUGCUCUCCAAAGCACUUUUGGCUAAGUAGGAGGAAGAGAAGAUAAGCGUGUGCCGUGCUCGGUUAUGGGAACAAUGAGCUUGCAGUGUACACAGUGACUCAGCGCUUCUCAGCCCCUUCAUCCAUCCGCUUGCCUUCGCCCCUAGAGUCUCUGGACAUUCUGAAAAGGAUGGGUGUCAGAUACACCACUUGAGCCAGCAAGAAGCUCCUCCUUGUGCAAUGCAGACGUCUAGCCAGACCACACCAAGGCUCAGCUCCCUGUAAGCCCAUGGCACCCGCCCCCCACAGCAGAGCAGUUGGGGGGGGGGGGACUGGGGGCACAUGGUGAGGUCAGGGAACUAAUUUAAAUGGUGACAGUCACCGCUGCUACUUGGGCUGCCAUUUCUGUUUGUUUGUUUUUCUAUAGUAAUUUAAAAUUUACAGACCGCAGGGGGAGCCACCCCGCCAGUGGUCUCUCAUCGCACCUGCUUCCUGGAUUUAGAGGGAAUUUAUUUAAAAGCAAAAUAAAUGACAAUCAAACCAAAACAUCAGCCAUCGAUGUCUAUUCCACUGUGUCACAGCAGCAGACGGGGGUCUGUUAUAGCUCACUGUACAAAUUAGAUGUGCAAAUCACAGCCUCUUAAAGGGAGCAGUGGUGUAAGCAAAUCAGUAUGCACCAUAGCACUGAAUGAACUUGAGAACCAGAUGCAUGAAGCAUGUGACAUACACAAAUACACCUGUGGGGGCCAGCUGGUGGUGCACAUGUUACAGUGCACAAGGACCUUGGGUUUGAGCCCCCAGUCCCCACCUGCAGGGGGGAAGCUUCACAAGUGAUGAAGCAGGGCUGCAGGUGUCUCUAUCACCCCCCACUUCUUAAUUCCUGGCUUUCUCUAUCCAAUAAAGAUGAAAAAAAAAAAAACCUGUGCUCCCAUCUGAGGCUGGGAGCUGAGCAAGUGAAGGGAUGCUGGCUGUGUGCACUGCUCAGCAGAGGGCUAGUGUGGGGGUCUCAGUCCCUUGAGAGAAGCAUAGCAUGAAUCUUACGUUUUCAAGGACAGAUCUGGAUUUCUCCUAGCAUUGUACAGUGAUCAGUCUCUAGAUGUAACAAUGACUCUAUCCUGUCACUGAUUAAUGCAAAUGACGUAACCCUAAAAUAGGAUAAUUUCCAUGGGGGGGAAGGGGGAGAUAGCAUAAUUGUUAUGCAAACAGACUCUCAUGCCUGAGGCUCCUAAAUUCCUAGCACCACCAUAAACCAGAGCUGAGCAGUGCUCUGGCGUCUCUCUCUCUCUCUCUCUGAAUCUCUCUAAGAAAUAAAAUAGAUCAAAUAUUUAAAAAAAUAGGAUGACUUCCGUGAAAGAUUUGCAGAGGAAAUCCACCUCAUAGCAAAUGUAAUGUCACUACCAUCCAGGUCUUUUCCUGUGAGGAAGUGACGCCACUGUUGAAGCAGACCCAUGUUUGUGGGGCUCUGCACAGUCCCAUGAACUUUCAGGGCUCACAUUACUGCCCAACACAUCAGCAGGUCUCCUGAGAACCUGUAGCCCUGUGUUCUAAGUGUGUCUGCACUCAGGCUAUGUGAAUCUCAAAGGAGGAGCAGCCAUCCUCUCCCUCUCUCAGCUGUCUCGGCCCCGGGAUGUCCUGGCGUCAGCUCUGUUGGCAUCAGCCCAUUACGUGCAACCUGCAACCGGAGAUGAGCAGAGCCUCAGGCCAGGGGAAAAAGGAGGCAAAGGCCUGAAAUGUUCUUCUGAGCCACAAAGGCCGAGAACUCUGAGCAUUUAUUCCUCCUGCCUCAGCUGUUCACCUUGCUUACAAAAUGACGAACAAUUGAAACUUAAAUUCCUUUUUCACAUUCCCCUAUUUCAAAAACUAAACUUGGUGGGGCAGGCAGUAAUAGUUCAGUGGGUUAAGUACAGGUGGCGUAAAGCACAUGGACUGGCAUAAGGGACCCGGUUCGAGCCCCCGGCUCCUCACCUGCAGGGGGAUCGCUUCACAGGAGGUGAAGUGGAUCUGCAGGUGUCUGUCUUUCUCUCCCCCUCUCUGUCUUCCCUUCUUCCUCCCCAUUUCUCUCUGACCUAUCCAGUAACAACAGUAAUAACAAUAAUAACAGCGAUAAACAAAAAAGGCAACAAAAGGGGAAAAAAAUAGCCUCUAAGAGCAGUAGAUUCGUAGUGCAGACACCGAGCCCCAGCAAUAACCCUGGAGACAAAAACAAAAAACUACAAUACCAAUUUGGAAAUCACGUUGAAUCUGUAUCUAAUCAAAGGAACAGACAACUGCAGCCCAUGAUUCCACAGUCACCCAAAAUGUCUAAGUUGCUAUUACUAUUUAAAAGCUGGUUCUUUUUGAUCUGAGACUAAGGCUUAUUAAAAAUAAAUUGGGGGGGGGGUGGAGGUGUGAGACAAGAACCAAAUAGUUUCUUAUAGAGAUGGGCAGGUAGGUAUUGAGAGAAACCACAGUGGAAUUCGAGGGCUCACACAACGUCCCGUCAUGCCCCAGUAUUACUCAUGGAGAGGACUCUGCUGUCUGGGGAUCUGACGACGCCACACCUACCCUGAGGACUAGCACGAGGGGCACAAGCUCAUGCACACGCUGGGGCUCCGUGUCCCCAGGCUCUCUUCCCCUUCACUGCGCGGGGAACUAGGAGCUCACAGCUUCAGCCCAGGCUGGAGUCAGGAUGCAGGGCUUUCCAAUUCACUCAGACUCAGAGACUCUGAAUGGCUGGUUGAAUGCCACCUGACAGCUGAAAGAGGAGAGCGCACUGUUCACUCUGUGGGGAAAGACUAGGGGGAGUUUCCACUCUUUCUUUUAAUGACACUUCAACCCAAGAAUCCUUUUUAAAAUGACUUUACAUUUGCAAGGUGGUUUUGCAAAAUAAAUAAAAGUAAAUAUUGUCUGGA